AUAAUUAAUCAUAGAAUCAUUAGAAAUGAGUGAAAAGAAAGUUGUUGGAAAGAAAUAUGAAUAUUAGACAUAAGAUAAGUUGGGGUCAGGAGCAUUUGCAGAAGUUUAUUUUGGAAAGAAUAAAUUGACUUAAGAAGCUGUCGCAAUCAAAGUAAUAAAGAGAUCUGUGUUAGCAAAAUAUGGGUAAGAGUAAUAUAAAUAAUUUAAGUGAUGAAAUACUAGAAUAAAUAUAAAGGGAAGUAGCAAUUCUAUAGGAAUUAGUAGAAGCUUCUAAAAAAGAUGCUUGUCCAUUUAUUAAUAGAAUUUAUGAAUGUUUAGAGACAGCAAAUAAUAUAUAUAUAGUGUUAGAAUUUUGUAAUUAAGGAACAUUAUUGGAUAAGAUAAAAAAAUAAAAGAAGUUAUCAGAAGAUGAAGCUUUGUUUAUUUUAUUUUAAUUACUUUAGGCAUUAGCUUUAUUAGCUGAUAAUAAUAUAGCUCAUAGAGAUAUAAAGCCUGAAAAUAUAUUUAUAAAGGAUGAAGUAUAUAAAUUAGGAGAUUUUGGAUUUGCAGGAUAGAAAUCAAUGUAUUAAACUCAUUUAGGAACAUUUCCUUAUAUGGCACCAGAGUUUUUUAUAAAUGAUUAAUAUGAUUCAAAAGUAGAUGUAUGGGCAUUGGGAUUAUUAACUCAUGAAAUGUUAUUUGGUGAAAUCUAUUUUAUAGGAAAGAGUUAAUUUGAAGUUUAAUAGAAGAUUUUAACAAAGUAAUAUCUUUUAGAUGAUUAAAAAUACAAUAUAUCAGAGGGAGUUAAGGAAUUAUUAAAAUAGAUGAUUAACAAAAAUCCAUAAGAAGUAAUAAAUAAUAUAAUAAAUUAGAGAAUAUCAGCAAAAGAUGCUCUUAAGUGUGAAAUAUUUAAUAAAUAUAAAAGGGAUGAAAGAUUUUUGAAAAUAAUGGAGGAUGAAAAGGAAUUCAUGAAAUAAUUUGCAGGAGAUGUUCCACAGAUAUCAAAUCAAGAGAUAUAAAGAUAAGAGGAAGAGAGAUAAAGAAGAGAAGAAGAAGAAAGAGCAAAAUAAUUAUAAAUGUAAUUAGAUUCUUAGAAAUCUUAAAUGAUUUAAUAGGGAAUAUAAUAAUUAAUAGAUGGUAUUAAAGAUAAAAUUAAUGGAAUAUUAUUAAUGGUUUAAUUAUGUGAUUUUUUAAGUUAAAAUAUGAUAGAAAUAUGUCGAUUUGAAAUAUUAUAUAUUUUAAAAUAGGCAGCAAUAUUGAUGAAUUAAUUGAAAGAAAAGAUGGAUUAGAAUUUAGUAAUGGGAAAAUAAGAUCAUAUAAAUUUUGAAGUGGAUCAAGAAGUUUGGAAUUUAUUUUAUUAAGAUGGAAAGUAUAAUUAAAAUAUUUAAUGAUUAGGGUAAAAGAAUUAAUAGAUGAGAUGGAAGGAAAUAGAAAUUAGAUUAGAAGAAAAUAUAUAGAAUAUUUAAAUUACAUAAACAAUUUUACUUCAUAGAAUUAUCGUGAAAGUACUCACUAUACAGAAUAGAUAACAAAUUUAAAUUUUACAAAAUUAAUAGAACAUUAAUUAUAUAAUGAAUAAUUAUAUCACAAAAUGAAGUUUUUUAAGGAAGAUAAGGAUAAAGUAAAAGAUGAGAAAGUUAAAAACUUAAUAAAUAAAUGUUUAAUAUGGAUGUAUGCAGCUUAUGAAUAUUAAAAAUUAUGUUCUGGAUAAUUGAUGAAUAUUACGAGAUUUAUGAGUGCUUUGAAUAGUGGAGAUACUGAUGCAAUGAAAAAUUGUUUAAAUAAGGUAUGA